CAGAUUUAAUUAUACAAAGACAGUAUGAUAGAAAGAAACCUUAUAAAUUUAGUGAAUGUGGAAUAAUCUUCAGAAGCUGUACUACUCUUGUUCAGCAUCAAAUAACUCAUAGUGGAGAGAGACACUAUAAAUGUAAUGAAUGUGGAAAGGGAUUUCACCAGAGUUCUCACUGAACAAACCAUCUGAAGAGUCAUAUAGGGGAAAAGUCCUACCAAUGCAAUGAAUGUGGAAAGGCUUUCAGUUAUUGCUCAGUCCUUGUUCAACAUCAGAGAAUUUAUAGUGAGGAGAGACCUUAUGAGUGUACUGAAUGUGGCAAGACUUUCAGUCAUAGUACAUACCUCACUCAGCAUAAAAGAAUUCACACGGUUGAGAAACUCUAUAAGCGUCUUGAAUGUGGAAAGGCUUUAAGUCAGAGCACACAUCUUACUCUGCAUCAGAGAGUUCAUACUGGAAAGAAACCUUAUGAAUACAAUGAAUGUGGUAAGUCCUUUAGGUCAGAGUGCACAUCUUACUCAACAUCAAAGAAUUCAUAUGGGAGAAAAACCCUAUAAAUGUAAUGAAUGUGGGAAAGCCUUCAGUGAUCACUCAGCUCUUAUUCGACAUCCUGUUGUACACACUGGGGAGAAACCCUAUGAAUGUAAUGACUGUGGGAAAGCUUUCAGUUACUGUUCAUACCUCAUUCAACAUCAGAAAGUGCAUACUGGAGAGAAACCAUACAAAUGCAGUGACUGUGGGAAUGCCUUUAGUGAUCGUUCAGCUCUUAUUCAGCAUCAAAGAACACACACUGGAGAGAAGCCCUAUGAGUGUAAUGAAUGUGGAAAAGCCUUUAGCAGAAGCACAUACCUUAUUCAACAUCAGAGAAGUCAUACAGGAGAAAAACCGUAUAAAUAUAAUGAAUGUGAGAAAACUUUCAGUCAGAGUUCAUUCCUUACACAACAUAUGAGGGUUCAUACAGGAGAAAAACCCUGCAGAUGUAAUGAAUGUGGGAAGGCUUUUAGUGACUGCUCAGGACAUAUUCAGCACCAAAGAACUCUCUGGAGAGAGGCCCUAUUCUUUAGUUACUGCUUUGGCCUUAUUCAACAUCAGAUCAUUCAUACUGUAGAGAAACCUUAUGAAUGCAAUAAAUGUGGCAAAGCCUUUAGCCGGAGAGCAGAUCUUAAAAACCAUCAGAAAACUCACACUGAAGAGAAACCCUAUAAAUCUAAUGCAUGUGGGAAAGCAUUUAGCCAGAGCACAUAUCUUACAAAACACCAGAAAAUUCACAGUGGAGAGAAAUCAGAUAUACAUACUGAGUGUGAAAAAAUCAUGAGGUGA